CAUCUUAAACCAGAAAUUUUCUUUCGUUUUUGGAAAGAUAAUGAAGCCAUUAGUCCUUAACCCCUGCUGUCAGCUAAAAUCACUUUCUUGAAAAAUCUACUCUUGCUGCUACAGCUUGCAGAGGUAUAGCUCAGUAUAUGUUGCAGACCAUACUGUUGCUCUUUCUUUCAUCCUCUGUUAUUUGACUCUUAUUCCCAUACCUAAGAAAUGGAGAGCCAAUACUCCCUUCUCAAGAUCGCUCCUUUUGAAGACUUGGGGACUGGAGUGAGAAGUUUGGGUGAUUCUUGGAAUAUGGAGAGUGAGAGGUCCACCGGAGGAGAAGGGUCAGCUUCAAUUGGUCUGAGUCUGGAGCUUGGAUGUGGGUCUGGUUAUAGACAGCCCAUCUGCCUGAAAACUUGUGGAUUCACAGUUUUGCAGCUGCAGGAAUUGCAACUUCAGGCCCUUAUAUACAAAUACAUGGAAGCUGGACUUCCUGUUCCCCAGCAUCUUGUUCUUCCUAUAUGGAGGAGCUUUGCUAGCUCCCUUGAUAGCCCCCAUGGUGGUCUGUAUCAAUUCUUCCCCUCUUUUUUUGGGUAUGGACCGCUGCAUUUGGAGUAUAGGAAUGCGUUAGAUCCAGAGCCAGGGAGGUGUCGGAGAACGGAUGGGAAGAAAUGGAGGUGCAGCAAAGAAGCAGUCCCUAAUCACAAGUACUGUGAGAGGCACAUGCACCGUGGCCGGCACCGUUCAAGAAAGCUUGUGGAAGCUUCUCAAUCAGCCACUGUUACUGCUGCUGAUACUGCCAGCACUAACCUCUCCAUUUCCCUACCAAUUGAUAGCAACAGCACCAGUGUUUUUUCUCCCAAAAGCAUUCAGCAACUGCAAGCAGGUAAUCUAAAAACUCAUCCUUAUCUGUAACUGAAGAAAAUAAAGAGGCGUUUUUCAUGAUUUAAUGUAUUUGGUAAGAGAAAAGUUUUGAGAGACUGAUUAUUGUGUUUCAAAUAUGAGAGACAUUUGAUAUGGUUUGGUUGCUGCUUUGAUUAAUCUGGUUUCCUUUUAGGCCAAGCCAUGAAUGCUUGAUCUCUCUUUCGUUUCAUGUAUUAUCAUUCCACAAAUGUUCAAGUAGAAAUAGGAAAAAAAAGUUUGGUUCACAAU